CCCUCCCCCCUCCCCUCACACACCAUGCGUCCGCUGCUGGUCUGUGCAGUGGUUGCGCUCUGUCUUGCGCAGGUUGUGCUCUGUGUCGACCGAAGCAACUUUAAGCAGUGCAAGGACGCGUCGUUCUGCUCCCGCCUCCGGGCCACCACUCCCGAAGCCGACUCGUAUGCCGUCAUGCGGGAGAGCCUCCGUUUCACGAAGGGCAAGCUCACCGCUGAGGUGCUCAACGAAGCUGAGGUCUCCUUCUCGCUCGAGAUUGUGUUCCCGUCGACGAGGGCUGACCUCAUCCGUGUCUCGUUGAGGGAGAGCACGCCGCUCGUUCCGCGGUUCGAGCCCAAUGAGGCGCUGCUUGAUCCUGUGGCGGCUCGGGAGACAGCCUCGCCAGAGGCGGUGGUGCUGGAGGAAGAGACCGAUUCGGUGGUCGUCAUCGCCCUCCCGCAACUCGGCCGCAAGCUCCGGAUCGUCCUUGACCCGCUGGUGGUGACGCUCGAGGACGCCAAUGGGCUCGCUCUCGUCGCGCUCAACUCGCGCAACCUGCUCGCCUUUGAGCACACCCGCACCAAGCCAGUGCCCGAGGUUGUCGGCGGCGCCGGCGAGGGUGAGGACGCCGCACCAACGCCGCAGGCGGAUCAGCUCAAGGCCGAGGAGGCCGCCGGCAUGUGGGAGGAGAGCUGGAAGGGGACAACCGACUCGAAGAAGCACGGCCCGCAGGGCGUGGCGCUCGACAUCGACUUUCCGGCCUUCAAGCACGUCUACGGUAUUCCGGAGCACGCGGCACCGUUCUCGCUCCCGGACACGACCGGCGACGAGGCGCGGUACUCUGACCCGUACCGGCUCUACAACCUCGACGUGUUCGAGUACGAGCUCGACAACGAGAUGGCGCUCUACGGUGCGGUCCCGUUCAUGGUUGCCCACUCGGCCGCCGGCUCUGUGGGAGCGCUCUGGCUCAACGCCGCCGAGACCUUUAUUGACGUCACGACGCUCGGUGGUGGCGGGCGCGGCUCGCGGUGGAUGUCGGAGACUGGGGUCAUCGACGUCUUCCUCAUGGUCGGCCCUGCGCCGGCCGACGUGCUGGCGCAGUAUGCGGGUUUGACCGGGGCGGCGGCGCUCCCGCCGGUCUUCUCGAUCUCGUACCACCAGUGCCGGUGGAACUACCGCGACGAGGACGACGUGCGAAUGGUCGACGCGAAGUUUGACGAGCACAACAUCCCGUACGACGUCCUCUGGCUCGACAUCGAGCACACCGACGGCAAGCGGUACUUUACGUGGGACGCGACCAAGUUCCCGGCGCCCAAAGCCAUGAUCGACGGUCUCGCCGCCAAGGGCCGCAAGAUGGUCACCAUCAUCGACCCGCACAUCAAGCGCGACAACAACUACUACGUCUACCGCGACGCCUCGGCCGCCGGCCACUUUAUCAAGGACGCAUCUGGCUCCGAGUACGACGGCUUCUGUUGGCCGGGCUCCUCGGCCUGGCUCGAUCUCGUCUCGCCGGCUGUCCGCGACUACUGGGCCUCACUCUUUGCCUUUGACACGUACGUCGGCUCGACGCCGACCCUCUUUACGUGGAACGACAUGAACGAGCCGUCGGUCUUCAACGGGCCCGAGAUCACCAUGAAGAAGGACGCCAUCCACUUUGGCGGCUGGGAGCAUCGCGACGUCCACAACAUGUACGGCAUGCUCUUCCAACGCUCCACCGCCGCUGGCCAGCUGGCCCGCUCUGGUGGCAAGGCCCGCCCGUUUGUCCUCACCCGCUCGUUUUUUGUCUCGUCGCAACGCGACGGCGCAGUGUGGACCGGCGACAAUGCCGCAGAGUGGUCGCACCUCGAGGCAUCGGUCCCCAUGCUCCUCUCGCACUCGAUUGCAGGCAUCCCGUUCAUCGGCGCCGACGUGGGUGGCUUCUUUGGCGACGUCGAGCCUGAGCUCCUUGCCCGCUGGUACCAGGCCGGCGCCUUCCAGCCCUUCUUCCGUGCCCACGGCCAUCUCGACACCAAGCGCCGCGAGCCGUGGCUCUUUGGCGAGCCGUACACCUCGAUCAUCCGCUCUGCCAUCCGCGCCCGCUACGCCUACCUCCCCUACCUCUAUACCCUCUUUGCCGAGGCCUCGCGCACCCUCGCCCCGGUCAUGCGCCCGCUCUGGUGGCACUACCCGGAUCACGCCCCGCUCUUUGACCGCGACUCGGAGUUUAUGCUCGGCCGCGCCCUGCUCAUCGCUCCGGCCACCGCCCCGGGCGUCACCUCGGUCACGGCCUACCUUCCGCCCGGCGCAUGGUACGACGUCCGCGACUUUGCCAUGUACCAGGGCGGCCAGCUUGUCCCGCUUGACGCUCCACUCGAGUCGAUUCCGGUCCUCCAGGCUGCAGGCACCAUUGUGCCCAAGAAAGAGCGCGCGCGCCGCAACUCGGCCGCCAUGGUCCUCGACCCCUUCACCCUCGUCGUCGCCCUCGACGCCGCAGGCUCUGCUCGCGGUGAGCUGUACCUCGACGACGGCGCAUCGACUGACCACGCCGCAGGCGCUUGGACCUCGCGCCACUUUUCCAUGGCCAGCGGGAUGCUCACCUCGACCCGCGCCCCAGGCGCGCCCGAGUAUCACACGCCCGAGGCCAUCGAGCGCAUCGUCGUCCUCGGCAUGCCCGCCCCGGCCGCCAUCACCCUCAACGGCGACUCGCUCUCGUUCACCGUCGAUCCAACCUCUGGUGCCGUUACCAUCCGCAAGCCGGACGUGCUCGCCAUCGACGACUGGACCAUCGUCUUUGCUUAAUCAUGUUGAUGUAGCGGUACACGCCGUAGUUAGAGAUCAAGCAAAAGAACCCGGAGAUCCAAGA